AAUUACAAAAACUCGGUUUUUCUUCAUAGCCUACCCCUCCGCUAUUAAUUUCCCCCAAAAUAAUCAAUACCAACAAGGCAAAAAUCAAUUUAAAAUGUUAAAAACAUGCCAGUUUUGACUCCCACCUCUUUGAUCAAACUGCAUACCUUUUUCUCUCUUCAAAAAGCUCCUCCCAAUUUUCAUUAUCCAUUCCCACUGUACUAUUAAGUCUACAAGUAUUUAUAUAGACAGAAUCAAACUCAUAUCUAACAUAUAUCUCAAAUCCUAAAAUUCGCCUUAUCCCAAAAUAAGAAAUCCAUUCCAGAAAAGAAAAAACAGAGCAAAAGAAAACAGAGCAAGUGAUUGAUCAUCAAGUAUAUUAUAUAUGUCUUCUUCUGCUACCACCGCCGGUACCGGUGCCGGAAUCACAGAAGUUCAUCCGGACAUCAUCCAGACGCAUAUCUUAACAAGGCUUGAUGGCCCAACUCUUGCUUCCGCAAGCUGUGCUUCUUCCCGUUUACACGACCUCUGUAUUGAAGAAAAUCUGUGGAAGAGAAUUUGCAACGAUAACUGGCCGGCGACGGCCGACCCGUCUGUCCAACAAAUCAUAUCGACUUUCCCCGCCGGCCACCGUUCUUUCUACUCCGAUUCUUUCCCCGCCCUCCCCGACCCGAAACGGCAUCCGGGUCAACGGCGCAGGCCAGAGUCGUCAGGGGAAAUGAUCGGAAAAAUUGAAACCCGGGAAUUAGUCUCCGCCGUUGAUAUUCACUACGGCGAUCAGUUACUGUAUUCUAAAGUCGUCACGACGGAGGCUUCUUCCGGCUGGUUCAUGUGUUCCCCUUUCCGGAUUGAUCUUCUUGACCCGAAGGAGAUAGUUCCGACGUCGGUGAAGCUCGACGUGGAAGGAGAAGAAGAGAAGACGAUGAAGUCUGUGGAGGAGAACAUGAGAUUGAGUUGGAUAUUAAUCGACCCGGUUAAGAAACGGGCCGUCAAUAUGUCCAGCAUAAGGCCGGUUGAAGUCCGGCGCCACUGGUUGACCGGAGAAAUUCAGGUGCGGUAUUCCACGGUGAUGGCUUGUGCCGCCAACACCGCCGGCAGCUCCGCCGGAGGAUUUGUCAAUUGUAAAAUAAUGGUAACCUGUGGGGCCGGCAAGGAAAGUGGGGACUUACAAGUGAAGGAAGUCAGCAUGCAAGUGGAGGACAUGGAAGGGAAAAUCAUCAGUGGGAAGGAUAGUUUGGUCAUUUUACAGGAGGGCAUGGAUGGAAAGAGGAGAAAAGUUGAAGUGGGAGAAGAGAAAAGAAUGUAUGAAUUGUUCUUGGAAAGUAGGAGGGAAUGGAGGGAAAGGAAACAAAGUAGAGAAAGGAGGUUGGAUAUGGUUUGUAUAGCAACUGGUGUUAGUAUUUUCAUGGCUUUUUGGAUCUUUGUUCUAUUCAGAUGAUAAGAAAAGCCUGAAAAGCUAUGAGUAUCGUCUUUCGUGAGUAAAAAUUACUGUUUCGACUAAUCGAUAUUCAAGUCGACAGAUUUUUCUCUAUAGACCGAAUAGUAUUUACUCUUGUAAAAAAGGUAAAAUGUUAGGUUGAAGAAGAUUUUUAGAGAGAUGUGAAGAUAAAUAUUUAUUUGUUGAUUCUUUAAGAGUGUAUGUAUAUUGAAAAUGAUUGUUUUAAGAUAUUUAUGAAAUUCAUGAUAAGGUACUUCAGGGGUUCAGGGAGUUGAACAAGUGGCUAGAUAUUUGUGAGAUAUUGAUUCAUGCUUUUCUCUAUUGCACUUCAAGAAUAUAUACUUGUAUACAACCAUACACAUAAAAGAGUGGAGAAUUUGCAAUAAAAGCUCUGAAAGAUAAAGGCCUACACUAAACUGAUCAUCAUUUCUUUUCAUGGUUAAUGUACACUUGGUCCAUUUAUAAUCAAAUACUUGUCUUGACUUCAUAGCUCAUAAAGAUGAAAAGGGUGAGGGCACUAUUGAAAACAAUACAUAGAACGUGUAAGAGUAGAACUGUAGAAUGGUUGAUAGUAGUUUUUAUUUUCCCCCCAAUUGUUUCAGGUAAAGUUUGAACAUCGAUUUUGUGAUUACAUUCUUGCAUUCCUCAUAUUCCAUGA